AUGAAGUUUUUUAAUCUAGAAUUUAGUAAAGUUCUUAUAACAAAACAUAAGGAUAAAGAUUAUUUUCUUUAUUAUCAAAACUUAAUACAGUGCAUCAAAAAUAUCUUAACUGUUCCUGACAUAACACAAAAUUUUGCGCUAUCUUACGAAAACUAUGAGUAUAAUAGAGAAAGUAUUUACAGUGAACAAAACACUGGAAAAUGGUGGAAAACUACGCAAGAAUCCUUACCUACUGGUUCCAAAUUAUUAUCAAUUAUUUUAUAUUCAGAUGCAACAACUACAGAUACAUUAGGAAAAAGUCAAUUGCAUCCAAUAUAUAUUACAUUAGGCAAUAUCCCAAUAUGGCGUUGUAAUAAACAGGAUGCAAAGCAACUUUUGGAAUAUUUACCAAUUUUAGAAGCUGCAAAUAAAGAUCUAGUUCAUGAUACCUUUCAUAAAUCUUUACGUCAUUUACUAGAACUAAUUAUUUUAUUAAAAAAUGGUAUAGACCUUUUUAUAAAUAAUGAAAAUACCUGGUUUUAUCCUAGAAUUUCAACUAUUAUUGCAGAUUGGCCAGAAGCCGCAAGUUUUUGUUUAGUUUAUAAAUCCUCCAAUUCAAGCCUUCUAUGUCACUUCUGUUUAAUUAAAAAGGACAAUCUUGCAAAUAUAGACUUAUCAGUUAAUGAUGUAAUACUAAGAACUCAUGAUGAAAUGCGUAAAUAUUUUGAAAAUGAUACACAAAAAUCUGUUUGCAUAGAAUCUGUACCUAAUUUUUUUUGGGAUUUGCUGAAUAUAAAUAUCUACUUGGCUACUGUUUCUGAUAGAAUGCAUCAUUUAGAUUUGGGUUUAUUUCAUUAUCAAAUUAUCUUCAUGUGCGAUGUCUUAAAAUUGCAACAUGUUAAUGGUAAUAAAUUAGUUGAAGAAUCAAUUGUAAAAUUAACUGCUAAUGAAUAUCGAAGUUUGAUGAAAGUCAUAAUAUUUGUUAUUAAUAAUUUAUAUGAUGAAAAUAAUAAUGAAGUAGAUAAUUUUGUAAAUAAUAAUGAUUUUGCGAAAUUGUACAAAUAUUGGAAUGAAAUGUAUAUUAUUUUAAGUAGAUAUGAAGAAUUUAGUGAAAGUGACUUGGAGAAAUUUAAUGUAUGUAUUAAAAAUUGA